GGUGGCUGGAAACUCACGUCCUGGACCCUCCUGUCAAACAAACGAUCCAGGCGUCAUGUGAAAAACUAUUUUUGGAUUUUUCGUCCCGUAGUUUUUUUCUUUGGAAGCCAUGCGUGUUGCCUCUGCGUGCUUCCUAAUGAUGAUUACAGUGACUGCGUGUUACUGUGGUGAGACCACAUCUCAGGCCAUUGAUGAUGCCACCGACUGGUCUCCGUCAGAACUCUGGGAUCAUCGAAAUCCUUUAACAGUCAGGGUUCAAAGAAGAACUUGCAUGCGCUGUUCCAGUCACGCUUCUUCUCUUCAAGGACAGAACCUCUUCAGAAGGUUUUCGCCACGCCGUAAAACGCCCUUCUCUGGCCCAAAUGAAUAUUCAGCACCUUCCUCUCUCCAAGAUAACGAGAUCAAUGGGGUUGGUGUUAUUCCGCACGUCAGGGAUUUAUCUCGUCAGCAGAAUUCUGAUGAUGUCGCCGUGCUUACUCUUGACGAUUAUAACGGGCAACAGACCCUCGUAUAUAAACUUGCCCCAGGUGCCAUUUUUGGAGGUGUACGACGGAACGAGGGCGUGGGCAUUAGUAGCAGCGAUAUGUUCGAAAAAUUAGAUAGAAACAGAAUAUAUGGAACUGUACUCAACAGUAAUAAAAAUAUUAUAGUGAAGCACAGAGGAAACGUGUAUUUAGGCAUUCCAUACCGACUUCCUUCUCACGGAAGAAAUAGAUUUCGUCUGAAAGGUAAAAUCGAUCCAUUGUCAAAUCCACUUACUAAAUGGAAGAUCCAAUAUUUGUAUCCAAAACCGCCAUUAUCAUCCAUGGACAACCCUUACUUACCAUCAAAAACCGAACGUUAUAUAAGGUCAAGAACGUCGCAGAGGAUAAAACUUGAUUCGGCCCUUGAAGCUCAACGCCCAACAGGAAGCGGCAGUUUGCUGUAUCCUUUAGCGAAAGCGGUACAAAUAGGGAGGGCAAAAACUAGAGGAGCUUGGUUAUCUUUUCUGCUCCUCCAUUACCUCGGAUUCCUUCCACAUGUGCCAGGGAUUCCCAAGCACAAAGAUCCCCUAGAUGUUAUGACGAGUAUUAAAAACACUCUGUAACAGAAUCCUUUGAAGGUGAAAUCGCAAAAAUGGGAUGAUUUUGUUCAUGAGCAUGCGAGAGAGAGGGCAAGAUCACCAGAAGAGCAUCGUCAAAAUUCCUAACUGUGUAGCAAGGGUCAUUGUCACGUCAGUUUACCUGUGUCCCGUUUGUGCCAGGUUUGAGCUCUGAAGUGAUGUACUUACUGCUUGAGGUCUCUUUCUAAAGACUUCCUUGACUGAAGAAAUUCAGUAUCGGAAAAGCUGGGAAAAAGAAAUUCUCAAUUUGGCAUUUGCUCCUUGCGUGUUGGUCACCAGGAAAAUAUUUCAGUGUCUACCGAACUGCUUGUGUUUAUGAAUAGCGGUGAAAUGUGCCUAUGUGUUUCAGGUGAUACUUUAUAUACAAAUAAAAAAAAGUUUGAGUAAAUUUAAAAAAAAAUAUGUCAGCCGUUAUCUGUAUUCACAUAAUUGUUUCGAAAUGAUGAGAUGACCGACAACAUACUUUAUCCCAGAGAAUUUUUUUCCGUUUACACAAUUGGCGAGGUUUAUUAAAUACACAAGGAUCAGCAAUGCUCUCUUUCACUGAAUUUCGCCCACUUGUCCUGCCAUGCUUUCCCAGAAUUAACCGCUGGUUCUGAAAUGGCAUUUGUUUUUGUAAUUUUCAACACUCGUUACAAUUAGUGAAUACUGAAAUUUAUACCUAUUUGUACAUGUAA